AUGAUCUCAUUAGGAGGCAAUUAUUUUGCUGGAGAACUGCCUACAUCCAUAGUUAACCUUUCAUCCUAUAUGCGUAUAUUUACUAUUUCUGGGAAUUUCAUACAUGGAAAUAUUCCAAAUGGGAUAGAGAACCUUGUUAACUUGAUCUUUCUAGGAUUGGGAAAUAACCAGUUAGAGGGCAGUGACCCUGAAGCAAUAGGGAAGCUUCACAAGUUACAGGUAGUGUCCAUGGAUGGAAAUAAGUUUUCCGGUUCAAUUUCUCUUUCCUUGGGUAACUUAACUUCAUUGACCAUUCUCCUUAUGCAAGAGAACAUGUUUGAGGGAACCAUACCUCUAGCCUCAGAAACUGCAAAAAUUUGA